UGGACAGACCUUAAAGUCAGAAUUGCACAAAAAGGGGACAAAUCUCUUAUUCAACGUUAACAGCCGGUCAAGACCACUUUCGUUAAAGUUCUGACCAAGAGACAUUACGUGAACUGAUCGCUUCUUGACAUUAAAGACACGGCAUUGAAGAAACGACAUUACGUUAGGGGAAAGCAGACAUUAACAGCAAAGAUCACGACAACCGCAACAGAAAGAUAAAAAAAGAUAGUCACGUACGUCGUCAUUUUAGACACAAGUGCAAAUCCACUAGUUCUCUCCCCCUCCACCAACCAAAAGUGUAAAGAAACGCCAUCAGGCUCAUCGAAAGGACAACUCGCUGCCAAAUGCCAACAUCACAACGUCAGGUACAAGAUGAAAACGUCGUUACUCGACGCGUUAAGGUGAACGAUGCGACCUCCACGGGUGCCAGCGGUGUUGCUAACGGUGCUGCCAACGGUGCUGGCAACGGGCUGAGAAGACCAGCGUUGUCGAACGUGACGAAUACCUCCACUGUCCAAGUACAGACUUCUUCCCAAACACGUGGAGUGAAGAGAAGAGCACGCGCUGGUGAAGAGGAAGACCAAGCUGAGGGCGAAGGUAAUGGAGCUGGUGAUGUUGCAAAUGAUAAUCACAAAAGGGUAAAAACGGCCCAUGAAGCUGCUGCUGAAGUUGCUGAGGCUGCUGAAGCCGUUGCAGAUAAUGAACCAAGCGGUGUGGCACGUGACCUCGAUUCAGAAGACUCAGACGACCCACUAAUGGUUAACGAAUACGUUGUUGAGAUCUUUGAAUACUUGAGAGAACUGGAAAUCACCACUACUCCAAGAAACUACUUGGAGAAUAACGACAAUUUAAAGCCAAGAAUGAGAUCCAUAUUGGUUGACUGGCUAGUGGAAGUACAUCUCAGGUUUAGAUUGACACCAGAGACUCUAUUUCUCGCUAUAAACACCAUGGAUCGGUUCUUAUCAUUGCAGACUGUUGAGGUGGAAAAAUUGCAGCUGCUAGCAACUGGUUGCUUGUUCAUCGCUGCCAAAUAUGAAGAGGUCUGGAGUCCAAGCGUUAAAAACUAUGCAUAUGUCACUGAUGGUGGAUCCACAGAGGAGGAGAUCCUCUCUGCUGAGAGAUUCAUCCUAAAGACUUUGAACUUUGAUUUGAGUUACCCUAAUCCUAUGAAUUUUCUCCGUCGUAUCUCUAAAGCUGAUGACUAUGACAUUGAAACAAGAACAAUGGGGAAAUACCUAUUGGAAAUCACCAUCAUGGAUCAUAAAUUCUUAGGCGUAAAGCCUUCAUUAUGUGCUGCAUCCGCAAUGUAUCUAUCGAGGAAACUAUUACAAAGAAGUGAAUGGGACGUAACGUUGAAGAAAUAUUCUGGGGACUAUACUUUGGAAGAGAUGAGACCAAUUGUAAAUAUGAUUGUCGAUUACGUUCGAGCUCCAGUUACGCAUGACGAAUUCUUCAAAAAGUACGCUUCAAAGAAGUAUAUGAAGUCAAGUAUCCUCGCGAGACAAUUGACAAAGAAAUUUGACCUACAGGGAAUAACGUGGAUAUGAUUUCACCUUUCGAUCUUCCAUUUUAUCUAAUGAAAUUCAUAAUCUUUAUGAUACCCUUUCCCCUUUUCUCCAUACCAAAUACAAAGUGAUGACUUACAAAGAAUGUAAAUGGGACCAUUUGGACCAUUACUUUGAGAUAAUAACCUUUAACAGUCUUGACAUAUGUAUCAACUGCACUAACUACAUGGACUUA